GAAUAUGGGGAAACGGAAAGAGAAGACAGGUUUUAUGCAUGGCUAUAAAAUGCUAGGUUUGGAACACUUUUGUGCUGCAAUUCGGUGAGAAGACUCUGCACCGUUCACUUUUAUAAUUUGCUUGGGUUAUUGUUUUAAUAAAGCAAAACUCUUUCCAAUGGUGAUGCGUUAAGAUUAUUUUAAACAGGUCUCUGAGUAAUUGAGUAGUCUAUUAUUUGAAUUUAUACAUAAAUCUCCAAAAAGAAUCGCAUAGCAGCAGGGACCUUCCACUGAACGGGUCGGACUCUGGUGGGAAGAGUAUUGAAGCUUCUAUUGCAUCUCAUGAUACAAGAGGUGUUCUGGAAAGUUCUCCAUCCCCAGGAGCAGAAGCCGCCAUUACGCGAGAUGAAUGUAAACAAAAUUCAGUGAAUCUGUUCAGUGAAGCUCCUCCCAUUGCAAUCACAUCAUCAGUGAAGCUCCUCCCAAAACAAUCACAUUAUCAUCAGUGACACACCUCCCACAAUAAUCGCAUCAUCAGUAAAGCUCCUCCCACAACAAUCACAUCAUCAACAGUGAAGCUCCUCCCACAAAAAAUUGCAUCAACAGUAAAGCUCCUCCCACAAUAAUCACAUCAUCAUCAGUGAAGCUCCUCCCACAACAAUCACAUCAUCAUUGAAGCUCCUCCCAGAGCAAUCACAUCAUCAUCAGUGAAGCUCCUCCCACAACAAUCACAUCAUCAUCAGUGAAGCUCAAGUGAAGAGGAUCAUCAAAUCAUCAGGAAGAGAUGAAAUCUGCAAAGGCUGAGUUUAUUAAAGGGGACAGAGAGAAGAUAAGAGAUCCAAAACCCUGUAAAAUCAAACAUACUGAAGAUACUAAAGAACAAACAGUGUUGAUAGAAGAUAAUGAGGAGAAAGAAGAAUUGAGUGAAGUUGAGGAUAAAAAUCAUGUCAGAAGUGAUGAAAAACCUAAACAGAGAAAUUUAGAGAAAAGAAGAGACAAAAAAUCUUUCCCCUGCACUCAGUGUAGAAAGAGUUUCAGCCGCAAAUGUCUUCUCACGCGACACAUGAGAGUUCAUACUGGAGAGAAACCGUUCACUUGUGAUCAGUGCGGGAAGAGUUUCUCACAAUCAUCAAACCUUAAGAUACACAUGAGCAUCCACACUGGAGAGAAACCACACACAUGUGAUCAGUGCGGGAAGAGUUUCACACGGUCAUCAAACCUUAUGACACACAUGAACAUCCACACUAGAGAGAAGCUGUACACAUGUGAUCAAUGUGGGAAAACAUUUCUGUGGUCUUCAAACCUGACAACACACCUGAAACUUCAUGCAAAGGAGAAACCACAUUCAUGUCAUUUGUGUGGAAAGAGUUUUUUACUUCUAAAAGAUUUGAUAAAACAUCAGAAAAUACAUACUGGUGUGAGAGGGUACAUGUGCUUUGAGUGUGAAAAGACUUUUAUUACAUCUUACCAUUUAAAACUGCAUGAAAGGAUCCACACUGGAGAUAAACCUUACAAGUGUUCACACUGUGACAAAAGAUUCAGUGUCUCAUCACAUCUGAAAAGACAUGAGAGGAUCCACACUGGAGAGAAACCUUACAAGUGUUCACACUGUGACAAAAGAUUCAGUGUCUCAUCACAUCUGAAAAGACAUGAGAGGAUCCACACUAGAGAGAAACCUUACAAGUGUUCACACUGUGACAAGACAUUCAGUGUGUCAUCACAUCUGAAAAAACACGAGAGGAUUCACACUGGAGAGAAACUGUAUCAGUAG